AUGGCCAUGCAUUCACGGCCGGUCACAGCCUUCUUUGAUGCCAUUGAUGGCAGUUACUGCACACUCAAUGCAUAUGGCCAGACAGGCAACUGCCAGGAUGCGGCCUGCAUCGACCCGGUCUACCCGAAUCCCAACGGUGGCGGCCAAUCCUACCAGGGCCAGCUCAUGUGCGGCACGUUCAAGCCCACCAAUGUGAUUAGCAUCUCGUACGAAAACGCCGAGAACAGCCUGCCAGCCAACUACCUGCGACGGCAGUGCCUCGAGCUGAUGAAGCUGGGCCUGCAGGGCGUCACGGUGGUCGUGGCGGCGGGCGACAACGGCGUGGGCGGCCAUGCGGCCAACGGCGGCGACGCGCACAAGGGCUGCCUGGGCUCCCAGCACGACAUAUUCGCGCCGGUCUCGCUGGCCAGCUGCCCGUAUGCACUGUCUGUGGGCGCGACCAAGCUGCAGGCCGCCGCCGCCGCGUCGAAAGGCACCUUUGUCGAGGUUGGGCCGACGGACUUUUACACGGGCGGCGGGUUCUCCAACAUCUACCCAACGCCGGACUGGCAGCAGUCGGCCGUGGCGACGUACCUGGGCCGGGCCAAGCUGGACUUUGGCGGCUACAGCGGCGACACCGUCCAGGAGAACAGCGGCACCAACUUCAACAAGAGCGGGCGGGCGUACCCGGACGUGUCGGCCCUGGGCAGCAACUUUUACAUGGUCUACCGGGGCGGCCUGGCCAAGGGGGGCGGCACGUCGGUGGCGGCGCCGGUCUGGGCGGCGGUGCUGACGCAGGUCAACGAGGCGCGGCUGCGGGCCAACAAGACGGCCGUGGGCCACGUGCAGCCGGUGCUGUACAAGCACCCGGAGGUGUUUACGGACGUUGUGGAGGGCAGCAACCCGGGCUGCGGUACAACCGGGUUUGUCGCGACAGCCGGCUGGGACCCUGUCUCCGGUCUGGGGACGCCCAUCUUCCCCAAGCUACGAGACCUGUUUUUGAGUCUUGCAUGA